AUGCAAUCCUCGCUGUCGCCCCAAGUCCCACCUCCUCCGGGGAGCACACACACCACACACAGCAACGGGUCCCCGAACCCGCUGAUAAUGGUGCCCGACUCGGAGUCGCCAGCCGAACGCGACUCGCCAAACGCACCCUCCUCGGCAACCAGUGAUUCCCGAUCCCAAGGUCAACAGCCUCCUGUUGUAGCAGUGCCCGCUGCAUGUCUCGCAUGCCGCAGCAAGCAUCUCAAGUGCGACGGCCAGAACCCGUGCUCGCGAUGCGUGAGCUCGCAGUCGGAGUGCGUCUACGUCGCAUCUCGGCGCGGCUACAAGGGCCCGAGGAGGAAUAAUACCGCCAAUCCGAACAAGAGAGCGCGAUCUUCGUCCCCCACUUCCACCGUAGGCGUCGGCGAUAGCAGCUGUCCCCUGCUCAUUGGCGCCAACGGCACUUCAGUACCCAUGACGAUGCAGAAUGGAAUGGCAUUUCAUACGCCGAGCACCGACUUUGCCGCGACGCCCAACUUCUCGAACCUGCAGCUGUACCGGUCUUUCGGUGCUGCCAUCGGCUUCAACUCGACCCAGCUGGCCCUGGGUCAGUCUCAACCGGGUGUGCCUACACAAGUCCCCGUGCCUACCUUGGCUGAGCGAUGUCUCGACUCCUUUUAUCACCAUUUCCAUGCCUCGCACCCGUUUGUACUGCCCAAGGAAUGGCUGCUUCGGAUCAUGAGAGACACCAACAUGGAGCCUCUCCUGGCUGCCAUUCGAUGGGUUGGCGCUCUCUUCCUCGACGUGGGCCCUGCGCGGGCCGGUUUCCUGGAUGAGGCCCUGCGUCUGGUCCAGGACCCAACGACUCGGCGGGACGGCUUCUUCUUGCAGGCCCUGAUCCUGCUGAUCGUAGGCAUGGACGGCAGCUGUGAGCAGGAAGAGGCUCGAAAUCUACUCGCUGAUGCCGAGCGUAUCGCCCUUGAACUCGGAUUUAACACCCGUGAAUAUGCGACACAGUAUGGGCGCGGCAUCCCCGUGUUGGAGGAGAGCUGGCGUAGGACGUGGUGGGACUUAUUCGUUGUAGACGGCAUGGUGGCUGGCGUCCAUCGUCAGACCAACUUUGUCCUCUUUGAUGAACCCGCCGAUGCCGCCCUCCCGUGCGAGGAGCACCAGUAUAUAUCUGGAAGCAUUCCACCACCUUUGACCCUAACGGAUCUGGAAGACCAAGACUUCUCCGGAGACGACAGGCAAUUUUCCUCGUUUGCAUACCGCAUCCUUGCGGGGCGCAACCUCGGAAAGUUCAUGCGCGUCCCGCCAAUAUUCGGUCCUGACGAUGAGAACCUUGCGCGCAUCGAGGCCCUCCUGACCAACUGGAGGCUUCACCUGCCACUAUCCAAGAAGGACGCACUGAACCAGAAGCUCCAGCUGGAUGAGAUGAUAUUCCAGGCUAGCAUGAUGACCCAUGCAACAUCCAUCAUGCUUCACCAACCGCACUCUCAGCUGGACUCCUCGCCGACGCGGUCUGUCACAUCUUGCGCACCGCACCGACCAGUCCCAUCCGGGGACUUGUUCAACUCGCACACGAACCACACAAUUUCGUCGGCUGCCGAAAUCAGCAAGAUGAUCACGCACCGCGUGCCUCUCCUUUCCCACACGCACUUCUUCACCUGCGUAGUGACACUAUCCUCGAUCGUCCACUUGAGCAAAUGGGCACUAUUCUUCAUCCCUCACGAUGAUGACGACCUGCGACAGCAGAUACGACUGAAUAUCGGCGCCCUCAACAAGCUCUCGGCAGUGUGGAAGGCGGCGGGCAACGCUUCAGGGCAAGUCAAGGGAGUUGCGCAGGAGAUUUAUCGAUCGAAGAAGGCGUCACAGAUCAACCCGGCCUACUGGCAGGGCUUCACGCAGGACGAGGUGAUGAACAGCAUCGCGGCGGACGAGACGAUUAUGAACGACAUUGAGACUGGAUUGAGUGGGAUAACGAUGCCGCCUCUCGACAACCUCCCUGGCUAG